AUGCAAAGACUACCGCUUCUAGGUGUUCUUGUAUUUGCAGUUCGGGGAUUACAUGCGAAGUACAUCUCUCAUUUAUACGACGUGUAUAUAAACGAGAACUAUGUUAAUCCGCUUAAAGAGCUGAAUCCUCCGAGUGAUGAAAAUAAGAUGAUUUCCCAAGGCGAAUAUCUUCAUAGGGUGUAUUUUGGAAUGUGUGUUCCAGCAUACAAGAGGAUAGGAAUGCAAAUAACCAAAGAAAGAAGCGAAUACAUUGUAAUGGUUUUAAACUUCCUUUAUGAGUUUUGUAGCACGAGGCAAUACGAAUUAGCGGCCGUGACGGCUACUGUGCUUCAUAAUACAUCCUAUUUAAGGAUCUUUGAGGGCCCCGGGCGUAACCCAUACAGGCCUAGAGGGAUAUUCCAAGUAUACAGUGACGUAAACUACAUUAAUCUACAAAAGGUGUCAUUCUUCUAUCAUGACUAUGUUGAGAACCCAGACAGAGCAAGUGUUCUUAACAUACAUGUUCUAGUGGACAUGGUAUGUUUCUGGUUGGAUAUGACGUUCAACAAGAAAAAAAAGAUUGAUUUACUUGAUGUCCUUGAGGUCACUAACCCUGUGGAGUGGAGGGUUCUGAGGGACAAAUGGAACUACAUGGCUUCGGAGGUCAAGAAGGCCGAGGAAAAGCUCAAAAGUAGAGAAGAGUUAUAUCAGAAGCUGCUUUCAAUAAUUUACAUAAACUACUAUAGGGACUAA